AUGGUUAACCGGCCAGAUCGCCCAGGAGGCCUGGAAUUCCGCUCCAAUUCCUUUGACCCUCUCCGCAGCGCGAGCAAUCUGUCCCUAGGCGACCUGCCCUCUCCCAAGGCCGGCGAGGUCCCACCUGCCCUCUCGCCCCUCGAUGCGCUCGCGCUUCAAGGCCGGCUGCUGGCAAAGCGAUUCGAACAGGAGAACAAGGCGGGCCGACGCAUGAGCCGGUUGGCGCCGCUCACGAUCCAGAAUGAAUUUGGGAACCGCUCUGGAUACUUCUCCUCGCUUACGAACUCGACCGUCAAUUCACCAAGCGACGAACUCGCUCCCCGCAGUCCGCGCCAGCAGCACAGCCCCCAGGCCCAAGAGCAUGUAUCGCAGGACCGACACAAGUCUUUCUACCCGCAAUUCGGUGGCGACGAGCCUCACUAUGAGCACCCCCUUCCCUAUCGAAACCAUCUCUCCCCAAUCGGGGAGGCGAGACUCACCAACACCCCGCCGCAGCAAGACUACUUCCCCUUCCCAAGGACCCAGUCUCCAGAACCUGUGGAACCGCGAAUAGGGUUGCAGGAAGCUACCCCAAUCUCUCCCCACAUGCCUCGUUCCAACAGCGGGCCUCGACCGUUCCUCGUUGGGCAGAGGAAGCAGUCUUUAGACUCGCUCUCUGUUCGACAAGCAGGACUGGCUCCUCCGAGGUCACCUGGGUCUCUUCGGUCUCCGAAGAUAUCCCCCAGCAUACGAGCUGUGCCCGAGGAUAGCUCUGACGAGGUGGAGAAUAUGUCAUUGGGAGGAUCCUACGACUCUCUGCAAGCGCGGAAUUUGUCACCCAGCUCCAGCUUAUCCAGGUCCCAUUCCCCUUUCACACCUUUAUCGAACUCUUCGAUUCCUCGUUCUCCUUCGUUGUCUUCUGAAUAUUCUGCCGGCGGUUCCCAGCUUCCUCGCCCGGCAUUCAACUUCUCUCGACCGAUGAGCAGCGCUAGCAGGCCAUCCUUGGAUGUAAGAUCAUGCACGGAUGGCCCAUCACGGCAGGCUUCCGAUGAGAGCGCUUUCAUGAGACCCUCCUUUGACAGCCUACCCCGCCGUCAAGACUCUGGGGACAGCCCAAUUACCAACUAUACCAAUGACCUUGUUCACACUCCGGUCAGCAUGACCAGCGAGGACUUUCGUCGGUCAACUGAUUACUCCAUAAAUCAAGCUCCUACAUACACCUAUUCCAAGUUCAGCUUGCCCCGAGGACGGACAUUGGACCGUCAAUCUAUUGGUAUUGAGGACUUUCUAAACAGCCAGAUCAGCUGGGAUCAGCCUAAGCAAGGCAAUGGCCAAGCCAAAUCUGCGAGACCUUCGUCUCCUCCUUCCCCUCCUCACUCCAUGGACCAGCCACGCACACAGCCCGAACAGACGCCCACUCGGAGCACCUCCAUGGAACGUGGAGCGCCUUCCCUUACCUCAAGUAACAGUACCAUCCGCGCUCGACCUUCAGGAUCCGCUGAGGUGACAGCCCAAGAGCACUGUGAUAAGGGCAUUGAGUUUCACGAGGCUGGCGAAUUCACAAAAUCAACCUAUCACCUCCGUCUUGCCGCUCGCGCUGGUCUUGCUGAGGGGAUGUUCUGGUACGGUCUUGCAUGUCGCCAUGGCUGGGGAAUGCGUGAAAACAAGGCCGAAGGAAUGCAGUGGCUCCGCCGAGCUGUUGAUUCCGGACAAUUGGAAGUGGCAGAUGACGAGGACCAGAAGAAACAUGGCAACCCAACUGAUCUUGCAAAGCGAAACCGACAUAGAGCUCAGUAUGCCGUUGCUAUUUAUGAGCUCGGAAAGUGCUACAUGAAUGGUUGGGGUGCUGCACAAGAAAAAUCACUAGCACUGCGUUGUUACGAAAUUGCAGGAAACUGGGGCGAUGCGGAUGCCUUGGCCGAAACAGGCUAUUGUUAUGCAGAGGGGGUUGGCUGCAAAAAGGACAUGAAAAAGGCUGCCAAAUUCUAUAGGGCAGCGGAGGCGAAAGGAAUCAGCAUGAUCGGCAACAGUUGGAUCUACAAAGACAAGUACAUGGACGACGGCUCCACUGUCUCCGACUCUCGAUCUGUCCGCUCUGGCCGUUCUGUCAAGAAAGAUCCUUCGGAGAAAAAGCCUCGCGACAAGAGUCGAACGAGGACCAUCUUCGGGCGCAAGAAGAGCACAACUUAG